CGUGAACGGUGACAUGGGCAAGGUGUGCACUCGAUGGCCGGAUUUGGCUGUUAUGUUGGGGCUGUUAGGGAGCCUUACCCACCCACCUUCUGUAAGAACCGACACGUUUUGUGAACUUAUGUUACCUAAGUUAUGUUUGUUCAUUAUAUUCCAUCAAGUGUCACUCUGAGGAAGUAUCGUCAGCUCAAGAGCGACGUGGCGUAGCUUUUAGAGGCUGCGAUCAAUAUCUUCUAGAAAUAUGGAUUUUUGAUAUAGAAACUGCGUAGGGAACUACAUCAGCAUCCUCCAAUUAACAUAUGUUUUGGCAAACUGACACAAAUGCUUAGCGGGGUUUUAAGGGGGUUGUUUUGAAUAAGAAAGGGUGUAACGUUGGCACAGAGUACUGGCUACAGACCAAAGAACACUCUCUUUUAAGAAACCACUGUCUGAGCACUUUAAAAUUAACCGUUCUAAGGCAAAUUAAAUCAUUUGAGUCUCUUUGACUGGGUGUUUUGCACUUUUUUUUUUUUGCAUGUUGUAGGUGAGUAAUUAGAUCAGUGAUAAGUGAAGAAACUGACUGUGGAAAAACAUGUAGGGACACAGACAUCAGCCCUGUUUUUUAGGAUGAAUUGAUCCAGAGAGAGCUUGAGAGAUGAAGACGUUCAGGCUAGAUUUGCAUUUGCAUCUUUAAAUGAAUGCGCCUGAAUCUGGAAGACAUCAGUAGGAAAUGAUAUAAAUUUCUGUUUCAGCUCAGCAGAGGAAGAAAUCAGUUAAUUUACAAGUGGAAGUAGAAUGUAUUUAACGCUAUAGGCAUUAUGCAAAAUAUCUUGGAACAAUCAAUCUCUUUCAUGCAAAAAUAAAGGUUACAUAAAUCAUAAAGCAGCACAUUUUAGCAUAUAUACCAUCAUCAUUUUUCCAGAAUGUGCAUAUAUUAUAGAACAGUGAUAAGCACAUGUAUAGUAUCUGUACAUUAGGACUUGUAAAGCAUGGUUGGUGAAACUGACAUAUUAAGAAAUCCUGCAGAGAGGGAAAAAUAAGGGUAUGUUGCUGUAUGUACUGUACUAAGAUGGGAGAAUGAGAGUUGAGCAUGGUGAACGAAGGAGAAGAAGGAGGAGGAAGAGGAGAAGGAGGAUGAGGAGAAGGAGGAGGAGGAUGGAUGCAGAGGAGAGAUGGCCUCCAGCCAAGGGCUCUGCAGUAAAAUUACAUAACAGCAAUAGCAGAAACCUUCUAUCUCCCACAAUCCUUCUACUAAGUAUUCAGGAGCCGAGUUUGUUGUCGGGUCAUUACUUUCCACUCAGCUGGGAGAUGAUUAGUUUGUUUUCUUUGUUUAGUUUCGAACCCAGAGGACAGGUGGGAAAGCUUUUCAGAGUAUGAAAACAGAAGUGACAAAAUCAGGAGCAGGAGCUAGCUCAGACGCUAAUCACUUUGCAGCGUUGAAUGUAAAUUUCAGUUCUGCAGCUGUGCGUUUUGUGCAGGUGGGUGCAGGAAAAUGAGGCAGGGGAUGCAAGUCCAUCCAGACAACUGCUGUAAAACCCUCAGACUCGUGUAUACAAACACCCACCACACACAAGUGUAAUACAGUCCAGGGAAAACGCACACACACACCCAACAGGCCCAUAACAAAGUAGGUGCAGUGUGUGCUUUGCGUUUAUCUGCUACGCCAGUACUGAGCCUCCUGAGGCCUUGUAUGACCUGCAGAGCAUGACCACCUAUGCUGCACCUCAUCCAUCACUGUGUGUGUGUGUGUGUGUGUGUGUGUGUGUGUGUGUGUGAGUGUGUGUGUGUGUGUGUGUGUGUGUGUAAGGGGGGUGGUCUUGUGUGUGUACAUGUGUGCUUUCAUAAUUGGGUGGAUUUGCAGACAAAGCAGUACGGUAGUGACAUUGAGACCAGAGGUGGCUCGCCGUAGGGAAGACAACGCAAACGAGAAAUGCAUAUUUCACACGUUCAUUCAGCGUAUUCCCCUCUUUCUGUGGGUUAAAUGCAGUUUUUAUAGCCCCCGUGGGGGCGAUAAAGACGUGGUUGUGGUGAUGACCUUUUAAAUUUUUAAUUUUUAAGGCCUUGUUUUGAGAGUGAGCUCGCCAGAUGGUGACAGGGAUUUUGGUGGUGAGAGAAGAAGGUAGCAGCCAGAGUCUAACACCUUGUGAUCUGACAGAACAUACAGAAAAAAUAAUACAUAUACUCAAAGGAAUAUGAGGAGUUGCUAAGCUUAACCAGCUGGAUUUCCUCUUUCCCUUUUCUGUUUUUUUGCCUUUGUCUAUAAUUGAGAUUCUCUUUUGUUAGACACCUAGCAGCCUCCAUGCCGCCGUCCCCAUGCAAUGAAAACAUGAAAUAUCCAUGACCAAUCAUACAUAUCCACUGUGUUGUCAAUAUAACCUGAGGAUUAGUGAUUUGAAUAUGAGGUGGCUUGUAAAUCUUGUAAAAUGCAACCUAUUUACUAUAUCUUUUUGAAACGUCUUGUCGCUCCUUUGCCACAAAACAAUACUGGUGUUAUCUUAAUGUAAAAUAUCAAAACAAAAAAGCUUGUAAAUCUCUCCCAGAGUAACAGGAUUUAACGCAGUCCCAAAGACGGUGUGCUCAGCCUCAAAAAUGUCAAAGUAGGAAAGUCUAAACAUCCACCCACCAGAGGCGGCACUUAAGAAGUGCACUUUAGAGGUUCCUUGUUAAGUGCAAAUGUAGCCUUAAACUGUUCUUAUAUAAUGUUACUUGUAUGAGAUAAGAUAAUGGAUGACCAGGGCUUUUGAUUCACGUGCCAUAUUAGGACAUGGGAUUGUGUAUAUUCUGAACUGUUCAACUACUGGACUGCUGAUUGAUGCUGCAGGUAAAAUGACAAAGGGAGAGAGAGCGGGGGAAAGCAGAGAGGGACAAAGUAUGAACAAAUGAAUGUAAUAAUGGCUGGUUUCUCAGCUCAUGCCUUCGCUCUUUCUCUCCUGGGACAAUUGAGAGGGCAGAUUUGGUGAAGAACAACAAGAAUCGUUGCGUUCUGAUUGGCUCAUUCUCCUCUCAGUGUGACCUGUUAAAUUCAUCCAUUACCGCCCCGUAGCUUAGCCUCCCCCUCCCUCUUCUUUCUCUCUCUCCGCCUUUUAUCACCUCCCUCCUCCUCCACUGGUUCUGCCAGGCGAAUGUGUCGAGGGAAAGCGGAUUAACACACACACACACGCACACACUGAGCCAUGUGGGCUAAAGAGCUCACCUACACGAGACUGAGAGACAGGAACGCAUCUCAAGAAGUGACAAUUUAUUGAAUCAAUAAGUUUUUUUGGUUUUGUUUUUCUCUUGAUUUUAAGACACACUUUUAUUGGCUGGCUGGCUUUUGUUUUUGUUUUGUUUUUUGUUAUGAGCUGGAAUUGCACCAUGCAGCCGCAUCAGUAUGCAGAGCUGAUCUGAUUGGCUGAUCUCUGUGGCGCUAAGACAGCAGGAUUGGUCCUGUGCUGGCUCCUCGGUUUGGGAUGUUGUUGUCAGAGCAGAGCUUUGGAAUGAUUUGAGAGUCUAGCUGUUCUUGUUUGUUUUCGUUAUUCUUGGCGUUUUUCUUUUUUUAAACACAAUCUUUUGAGUAUUUACUUGUUUGUUUUUGGUUUCCUUCGCAGUCUGACUGGCUUGCUGUAUUUAUUAAUGAUUUUCAGAUUUUGGUCUCAGAGCCAGCUUUUGAUUUAAACCUCCAUUGUGAGUUAAAUUCACACCAGAACUAUAGGUCCCACAAUGCCGAGCCGAGAGUCGUAUGUCGUUAAAAGGGGUAAAAAGCAAUCACGCAGGCGGGUCGAGAAGGAUGCAGGUCAGAAGGGCUCUUUGUUUACCGCAGCUCUCAGUUUGAAUGUCAGCCCCAGCUCCCCUGCUUCCACUUUCUGGCAACCAAUCAGAUCUUUUGCCCUUUCGCAGCUCACAUCGCUGGUGCGGCGGGCCACCCUGAGGGAGAGCGACUUAGUGCCCAAGUAUGAGAAGGUCCACAACUUCAAGGUUCAUACAUUCAGAGGCCCCCACUGGUGUGAGUACUGUGCCAACUUCAUGUGGGGUCUCAUCGCUCAGGGAGUCAAGUGUGCAGACUGUGGGCUGAACGUCCACAAGCAGUGCUCCAAAGUCGUGCCGAACGACUGCCAGCCGGACCUGCGGCACGUCAAGAAGGUGUACAGCUGUGACCUGACCACGCUGGUCAAAGCCCACAACACCAAGAGGCCCAUGGUGGUCGACAUGUGCAUACAGGAACUGGAAGCUAGAGGUCUUCAGUCGGAGGGUUUGUACAGAAUAUCAGGCUUCAGUGAGCUGAUUGAAGAUGUCAAACUGGCCUUCGACAGAGAUGGAGAGAAGGCUGACAUCUCCUCAAGUGCAUACGAGGACAUCAACAUCAUCACCGGGGCCCUCAAACUCUACUUCAGAGAGCUGCCUAUCCCCCUCAUCACAUAUGAUGCCCACCCGCGCUUCAUAGAAGCCGCAAAGAUUGCAGACCCAGAAAAACGGCUGGAGUCUAUCCACGAGGCCUUGAAGCUGCUGCCACCAGCUCACUGCGAGACGCUGCGAUACCUCAUGGCUCACCUCAAAAGAGUGACCCAGCAUGAGAAGGAGAAUCUCAUGUCCAGCGAGAACCUGGGCAUUGUCUUCGGCCCGACGCUGAUGAGGGCCCCAGAGCUGGACGCCAUGACAGCGCUCAACGAUAUCCGAUACCAGAGACUUGUGGUGGAAACGCUCAUUACCCACGAAGACGUGUUGUUCUGAGAGGACGGGAGGGAAAAGGAAGGAAGGACAGAUUGGGAAGAUGCUUUGUCCUCCUGUGAAAGACCUGUUCACGUUUGACAAGAAAAUGAAGAAGAAACACGCAAGAUACCUGAUGUCUUGCUAGAGAAGACGCUAAUUACACUACCUGUCUGUGGGGAGUGGAUGGAAGGAGCAAUGAAGGAAAGGACACAUUGUUUCCCUACAUUUUAAAUGUAAGACAUUAACAAAACUUUACUCAACCAACAGACUUGAAGCUUCUAUAGAAGAUCCAAAAUUUGUAAUGAACAAAAUUAAUUACUGGAACUCGAUCAUUUUCCAGCCUCACUAUGAUUAUCUCUCUUGAUUAAGAGAAAUAUGUUCCCUGUCCUAAGGAGAAAUUAAUAGUAGCAUUGCAACAACACUACUUUGUCUAUGUGGGGGAAACAUUGUGUGAUCCAUCUUUAUGGUAAUAUCUCCUCUUUGUUAAAUGGAUGCCUUGACAGUUUUCAGUUUUCUCCACACGAUUUAUUUUCUUUCUCACAGCUACAUUUUAAAAGCCAUAGGUUAGCAUUGUUAGCAUUUACCACAGAAACCAAACGACACCGCUAUUCACAAGCAUAUGAGCAAGUGUCGCCUAGUGGUCCUAAUCUGGUGGUGAGAGGUUAUUUUGCUCACUUUGUUUCCAGUAGUCCCGCGACCCUGUAAGCAGGAUAAGCGGUUGACGAUGGAUGGAUGGAUGGAUGUUUCCAGUAGUGUCAAGGCAUCCAUUUAAUCCUCCUCAAGAGAGGAAGAAGCACUGACUGAACAGUAGACAGCUGGAUGAAUGAAUGAAUGGAAAAAGCGAACCACUCACCCAACACUCAUUCCUCUGAAUGGAACUUAAGUGACUUGGACCUAUAGUGACUUCAUUCCUCUUUUUCAAAUAUUUACUUUACAGCUCCCUCUUCUGUUCCUCUGGCUUAAAUGUAAUAAUACAGUAAUUACACUUACAACUAAGUCGUUUUUUAGUUGCUAACAUAGAAAAGAGCCAAGCUCACUCCCCCUUUUUUGUGUCAUAUGAUAAACCUUUGUUUAAGAAAUGUUUUGCUGCUGUAUAAUUACAUCCAAUAAUGGUGAUGAUGGAGCUGUAAAUUUUUUUCUCACUGUCUUUGAACCAAGCCUGUGUUCUCUCACUUGAACCCCUCUGCCUGCUUUGCCGCUUAAAGGUGAAAACCUCUUGACAGAGUUCAGUGUCAUGUAGACAGUUAAAGGGAAGGUUUGGGAAAUGAUCUGCAGCCAAAUGUUGCCUUCCCUAGUUCUCCAUCAGGGCUUUAAAUUGGCAUGUUAUCGCCACGAUUGCAAAGCAUCUACACAGUAAAAUGUUGCUACUACAUUAGACAACGCUAACUUGUGAGUUUUUAUUUUAAAUAUCAUUUGGAAAGCGGCAUACAUCAAACCAGGGGCAGGUAGUGAAGAGAGGAACACGUUAUAAGUGACUUGAAAUAUGAAUAUGUGAACCCGUGCUUUAUGUUGUUUUUGCUUUGCUUUGGUUUGUCAUUUGUAUAAAGCAGUAUUGCAGUUAAGAAAUUUUAACAGGCAGAUUUUGUGCCCAAAAUACUAAUUGAAAUUCUUGAUUGUUUGCACGCAUGCAAUUUGACACGCUAAUAAUUUCAAGGCCUGUCAACUUUAUUGGCCCAUGUGGGGUAAUUCAGACACAGAGUGGGGAUGCUCCAGUACCAAGAGUGGUUUUUAAACACCAGAUUAUUUGAAAUCUUAAUAUUGUGUCCAUUCCCAAAAAUUAAAGCAAAGAAUCUCAAUAAAACAAAAAACAAUCCUAAUGUUUAUUACUCGUAUCAGUGUCUGCAGUUAAAGUUGUACUGGUGCUUCCCUCUCUCUGUGUGCCUGUUGGCAGUGAGGCCAUAUCGUGACUCCCCCUGACAUGUUUGGAAAGAUGAUACGUCUGCUGUCAUUUCAGUUGUGUUGGCUCCCGCUGCCGCCACAUCACCUAACUGUGAAAUUUUAAGAAAUAAUAAUUCCUCCACAUGAAGUAAAGAAAGCCACUUGCAGUCAUUUUAAACUUUUUUCCCCCAAUGCCUUUUCCAGACAGCGAAAACCCUGAGAAAAUAAGAUUUUACCUGGAUACAAGUUAUUGUAAUCAAUUUCUUUUCAGAUAUGUGAAGAUCGGGUUCUGGUUUAACGUUGCAUAUUGAAGGUUUUGCUGCAAUGUUUUGACCGCGCUCUGAUUUAAUUGUGGGAUGAUGUUGCCCAUCACGUGUAAUAUGAAGGAGUGUAUUUGCCAUGAUUUUUUAACUAGUGCCAUUUGAAAGUGGUGGAGGUGUAGAACGGAUGCCUUCUGCAUGGACCCCCACCUACGCUAACACAUGCUUACCCCCCUCUUUAUUCACUUCUACCCCCAUUUCUGUCGGGGGUCACUGAUCACCUAUUCCUAGUGCGCUUCAUUUUUUUCAAAGCAGUGACGACCCACCACACGUCAGGAUCCGUUUCACAGAUAAAAGAUGGGGUCGGGUCCGUAAAAUUGAAGCGCACCCAUGCUGGGUGGCCUGCAAAUCAACAUGGAUGUACCAUAAAAGUAACAUCAGCAUUUUUGUAACAUUAUGGUUAUGUUUUGGUUUUUCAUGUGUUCUUUAUUUUAACAGUUUUUGUUGAUUUUGUUGUUUAUUCCUCCUUUUCUUUGUUUUAUUUAACCGUGUACUAACUCAUCACACUAACCUGAUAACUUGUGAGCCUUCAGUGAUCUGUGACACUUUUUGGCAUCAUGAAAUGUUUUAAAUUGUCAUUGCUGUAAAAUAUUUUCUAUAUGGUUUAUGCAUGGUAAAAUUAAAUUAUUAAAUAUGGCUACCA